GGGAAGAGGGGGCAAUAUGGGGAGACAACCUUGCUGUGACAAACUUGAAGUGAAGAAAGGGCCGUGGACUGCUGAAGAAGACAAGAAGCUCAUCAACUUCAUUCUCACUAAUGGUCACUGUUGCUGGCGAGCCGUUCCAAAGCUCGCUGGCCUCAGGCGAUGUGGCAAGAGUUGCAGGCUUCGUUGGACUAACUACCUUCGUCCUGACUUGAAGCGAGGCCUCCUCACUGAUGCAGAAGAGAAACUUGUCAUAGAUCUCCAUUCUUGCCUUGGCAACAGGUGGUCUAUGAUAGCUGCAAAAUUACCAGGAAGAACAGACAAUGAGAUUAAAAAUCAUUGGAACACCCACAUCAAGAAGAAGCUGCUUAAGAUGGGUAUUGAUCCUGUUACUCACGAGCCUCUCAACAAAGAAAUUGCUUCUCAGGAUAAAAGUUCAUCCCCUGCAGAGCAUUUGUCACAAUCUGACAGUGACAAUAAUCAUCAGGGGAAUGUUCUUAACUCAAAGGAGAAUUCAAUCUCGUCAUCAACUGAAAAUUCAUGUGGGGAUGAACCACUUCUGCAAGAAAUCAACCUCUCCAACAACUUGUGGCUGGAAGAAACUUCACUGGUGGAUGCAUUAUGGGAAAGUAUACCUGAUGCACAGAAUGCGAAUUAUGACUCGGCACUUUCAUCUUGGGAGGAUACUAGUUCCUGGUUAUUGGGCUCUCUGGACUUUGGUUUUAAUUGCUUCAAUGAGAUUGAGCCUCAUGCCCUUCAGGCGUUAGGAAUGGAGGAGAAGGAACAUUAGCAUGCAGAAGUAAAGGCUUAAGCGUCAAGAAUUCAUCAAGCUACGAUGUUACAGAAUGUUCUUGACAGAUGGAAGGUGAACAUUUCCUCGUAUCAGAUUCCUGAUCAUUCGUCGAUUUCCAUACAAAAAGUAUCAAACCAUGUCAUCUUAUUUUAACGUUACUAUCUGCCUUGUAAAUGUUGUAAUGGUAGGAUACAAGUUACAAAGAUGGGAAGUAUCAGACUACUGGUGGUUCUUGUGACUGUAAAACCUGUUGUACAUUGAUGCUUACUCUGAAGAUGUUACUUCAUUGUGGA